GAAAAUGUUAUUACAUAUUAUCUUUUGAGCGUCAAUUUAACAUCUAAAUUAAAAAAAAAAAAAAAAGUGUUUUUUGAUAUUCUGAGAUUGUCAACUUUUAUUUAUUUAAGCUCAUCAAACCUUCAUGCUGCAGUUUUUCUGGACCGUGUGACGUAUAAGGACCGAACCUAGACCGGAUGUUUCCAGCUGGCAUUAAUUAGUGAGUGGGUCGACCCCCCUUUAUAAAGGAGACGCGCCCAAUGCUGCGCUCUGUGUCCACUCAGGCAAAGAUGAGCUACGGAUCUGAUGUGUUCUCCUCCUCCUCCUACAGGAGGAUUUUCGGGGAGUCUCCCCGUUUCUCCUCUUCCCCGUCGCGCUCCGCGGUGAGCGUGUCUUCCCGCGGAGGAUACCGCUCUUCCUCCUUGUCCAGGACCAGCAUCUCCUCCCUGGGCUCCCACAGCAGAAAGUCCGGCCGCUCCUUCUCCACGCCACUGGAUACCUUCGACCUGACCCAGAGCAGCGUCCUCAACAAUGAAUACAAGAUCAUCCGCACCAACGAGAAGGAGCAAAUGCAGGGUCUCAAUGACCGCUUUGCCAUGUUCAUCGAGAAGGUGCGCAACUUGGAGCAGCAGAACAAAGUGCUGGAGACGGAGCUGUUGGCGCUGCGCCAGCGGCAGGCAGAGCCGUCCCGUCUGGCGGAGCUCUACCAGCAGGAGAUCCGAGAGCUACGCUCCCAACUCGAAGAACUUAACGGAGAGAAGUCCCAGGUAGUGAUAGAGAGGGACAACAUUGAUGAUGAUCUGCAAAAACUCCGGGGGAAGUACGAUGAGGAGUUCCGCGCCAGGGAGGAGGCGGAGGCCAUCCUCAAAGCUUUCAAGAAGGAUGUGGACGACGCCACCAUGGUGCGCCUGGACCUGGAGAAGAAAGUCGAGUCCCUCCUGGACGAGAUCAACUUCCUGAGGAAGGUGCACGAAGAGGAGGUGGCCGAGCUGUCAGACAUGAUCCAGGCCGCACAGGUGUCCGUGGAGAUGGAGGUGACCAAGCCGGACCUCACCUCCGCCCUCAAGGAGAUCCGGAGCCAGUACGAGUCCAUGGCGUCCAAGAACCUGCAGUCCGCCGAGGAGUGGUACAAGAGCAAGUUUGCGGACCUGACGGAGCAGGCCAGCCGGAGCACCGAUGUCAUCCGAGCCAGCAGAGAGGAGGUGAACGAGUUCCGGAGGCAGCUGCAGUCCAAGACCAUCGAGAUAGAGAGCCUGAGGGGGACCGCUGAGUCUCUGGAGAACCAGCUGCGGGAGAUGGAGGACAGGCACAACAUGGAGAUUAACAGCUACCAGGAGAAUAUGGCAGAGCUGGAAAAUGAUCUAAGGACCACCAAGAAUGAGAUGGCUCGACAUCUGAGGGAAUACCAGGAUCUGCUGAAUGUCAAAAUGGCCCUGGAUAUAGAAAUCGCAGCAUACAGGAAACUCCUGGAAGGGGAGGAGACCCGCAUUGGUACGGGCAUCACCUAUCCAGGCCCCUCCAUAAGUGCGGGUGUUGGGCAGGGCUACAGCUACCAUACCCGCAUCUACACCAGCUCAGGCAAGAGCUCCAAGAAGGAGGGCAAGGAGGAGGAGCAGCAGCAGCCGCAGAGCAAGCCCACUGGGAAGGUGUCCCAGCGUGAAGUUUAUGAGGAGACCGUCGUGACAAAUAAGAAGACGGAGAAGCAGCAAGAAGACAUCCCCACCAAUCAGAAAAACUAAAAACCUAGUAUAUGCCUAGUCUAAAUUGUUGCUUUAUCCUGCAAACACACACCUCUUUUCAUCCCCAAUUUAUAACAAUGGUUAGAUUUCUACAUAUAUUUAGAAUGAAGCAUCUCCAGAUUUGUUUUAUGUAUUGGGUGUUUAUUCUCAUUCAAAUCCAUCAUAAUUACACAUAAACAAUCACGUUAUUAUAUCAAUAACAACACAUUUAAUUCACAAAGUCAUUGUUGAACAAUAGCAGUCACUUUGGUAGCAGUUUCCUAAACAUCGUAGCCUUUCCAGGUAACGACAUUCAACUGGUCUUCAUCACUAAUGUUGCACCAUCAUAUGGGACAGCCACAGUGAACAAUGACUAAGGUCGUGCAUUUGUACCACAAGCUGUGAUUUAAUCUCAACACGUAUAAACACAUCAACUGGUGUUGUACUUUUAUCACUCACAGUUUCAGGAGGAAAUAGACUAUACAACAAUAUCAGUCCAAAAACACACAUAACCACAGUUUUCAGUCAAGCUCUUAUGUUUUUUUUUUUUCAAUAAUAGCAGGUCAUCUGACUGAAAAAUACUCUUCUCAGCUGGAUUCUGAUUAUUUUAUUCAUAAACAAUGUUACUGUGUCAUAAGUUUGCUAUUUUAAUGAAGCUAAGACUUAAAGUGAACUGUUUCUGAAAUGUAUUAAUUGAGCUUUAUUUGCAUGUGCCAUGCUUGACCGGUUUUUUAUCACCUCAUUGCUCAUUGGACAGAAUGUUGUUUUAACAUGGAAGGUAAGCAACACUUUAAUCAUUCUUUGGAUACAACUUUACGCCACCAAUCUCUGCUGAUAAUGUGAAUAAAAGGAAGAAGGCAAUCUUUAAAGCACUUGAAUACAAAUGGAAUACCUAAGCUUGGAUUGACUAACUGUUUGCACAAUGUUUUUCCAAGGUUACAAGGGAAAAAGCCUUUUAGAACCUAUAAAAGAGAUAAACAUCAGGCUAAAGUGUAUUGAAUAUAAAACAAAUGAAUAGUCUGCCCCAGCUUGGUUAAGUAUAUAUGGGGUCAUACAAUUUACUUUAGCACAAAUGCAUGAGAUUCUGUUUGUUUCAUCACCCUGGGAGUGAUUUUUAUAUAUAUAGGUGUUUUACGACCCAUACUCCAUGAAGCACAUUUAAACCCCACAAUCGCAUCACUCCGGCCUGAAGAUGACAGUGCCCAAUGUCACUGAACCCCUAUCGAGCUAAGAGAUCACCGAACAACUCAACCUCACUUGUGAAUAACUGUGGCCAUGACUGGAUCAAACCUCUGUUGUAGUACGGUGUCACUACUAGAAAACGCUCAAGACUUGUAGCUUAUUUAUUUUUUAUUAAUUCUUGCUUGUGCACUGCCUCGCUCCAGGUCAUGGUGGUCAAUGUCUUGACGAACUGCACUCACUUUACAAGUAGAAGCAAAGAACCUGCUGAUUGUACAGCUAGCUGCUCUGGGUUUGGUUGUGUUUACCUGAAGCUUGUGACAAGCAUCUUAGUACUAUAUACAUGUGUUUCUGCACAGUGGCCUAAUAUAACUGGAACAACAGGCAAGAGAUUGGCGCAUUUUAGUUUAUGGAAUGCUGUCAGCAUUUAUGUAAUGUGCGCUAUUACAAUGGAUGAAUGGCUUAUGGUGCAAAGGUUAAGCCUUACACUAAACCAAAACAAACAAAAAAAAAAACCCAAAAAAUGUCACAACUGCAGCACUGCCAAACUUUUUUAAAUGCAAUUUUUUCUCAAAAGGAAAAAAAGGACAAUACAUCACCAAUCCAUAAUCAACAGUCAAUAUUAAAUCAUACCGUAGAACAAAUAUUGUAGGAUGUAAAAUGCCUUAAAACACCAGCAGCUUCUAGUUAUGUGUUUGAUGUGUACGUUACCGUCCAGUGUGGUGUGUUUAUCUUCCAUCAUAUCUUCAGUAGUAUUUAUUAGAGUUAUCAUUACAUUUAAAACAUAGGGAUUGAAUGUAGACAUGCUGUUCUCUUUACUGUGACUACUAUAUAUGUAUUGCCGUAUGACACAAUAUCAAUAAAGACUUGACAUUACCGAG